UCAUUCUGUUACUUUAAUUUUCCCGCUAUUGAUGGAAAGGGGAAUUUCAGUGUCGGGCGAGCCCUAAAUUCAACACGGCAAAUCCCUAAAUUCGUUCCCACCAAUUUCUCUUUAAUUUGAAAAUUUCACAACAAGCUCUCACCAGUUGCUGCGAAUCUGAAUCCUCAGAGAAAUGGGAGAAGCUUCUGGAAUUUCGAAGCUGAUUUCGUACAGCGACGAUCUGGUGAAGGUGUUGAAGGACGAGAGGGACAUCAACAACUUGGCGCAGUGUCUCCAGCACCGCGAGGCCCUCCGCUCCUCCUGCGAUUCCGAUUUCAAUGAACUCCAGAACUCGCUUCGAGACUACCAAAUAAAGACAGAUGAAUGCAAGCAGAAAACUGAGGCAGCAAAAUCGGAGGUUGUUGCUGAUGAAGAGCUAGACCGUCUUCAAAGAGAGUUUGAUGUGGAUGCUGAAAUAGAAAGUUCGCUUAUGGAGGAGCUUAGAGUUAUAGGCAACGAGAUUAGUGAUUUAGAACGCCAAAGGAUUGAUGUUCAGGAGAAAAAGCGAAACUUGAAGAGGCGUGAGCAAGAUGAGUUCAGGGAACAGAGGAAGCUUUCCAUGUAUGCUUCUGUCACAAACAUUAUACCAAACCUGGAAGAUCAAUCGCGUGAUAUGGGCUAUAUAUUGGAUAGCAAUAAGAAAAUUGUUCAGAAGUUUGAAUUCGACCCAACAAAGACGACUGCCUUCCAAACAUGUGAUAGCGUUUGGAAGAUGAUAGCUUCGUGAUAGAUCUUGAGCAUUUCCCUUCGGACGGCUCAUAUUAUGGGAUGGUGUUGGUGCCCUAUGGAAGCAUUUUGCUUGUGUACUUUGCGUUUUUACAGUCUAUUUGUUGUAGCAGAAGUUUGAAGGGCGUAUUUGAACGCCAUAUAUUCGAAAUUGAGUUUCAUUCA